AUGUCGAUUCCGACUCUUGAUGCAUCUGCACUCACUGAAGGGACUGCGGAGCAGCGUUCUGAGUUCGCUGCAAAGCUUCUUGACAGUUUGAACACCUAUGGCUUUGCAAAGCUUGUGAACCAUACCGUUCCUGUUCCACUUGUCCAGGAAACGUUUGAUCAGAUCAAAAGCUUCUUCAAGCUCCCUUACGCCGUCAAAGCUCCUCUAAAAAAUGACCCCAAACAGAGUCAGCAGCGAGGGUGGAGCGUUCCAGGAGAAGAAAAGACAUGGUGGCUUGAAAGUAACACUGGUGAUGAGAGUUUCGACUGUGGACACCCCGACGACAAGAAAUUCCCCAACAAAUGGCCUUCGGAGUCCGAUCUCCCGGGGUACCAGAAUACAAUGGACGAGUUUUUCUUCUCGUGUGGGGACCUCACGCUAGCCCUCCUCGAGUCAAUGGCGUCUGCGCUAAACCUCGACCCGAAAGUCUUCACGUCCCGCUGUACCAACGAGGCUAGUACCAUCCGCAUCAAUCACUUUCCACCAAUCGAUCGCGCAACCCUGGACGAGGGCAAAAUCAGCCGCAUCUGGCCACACAAGGACUUUGGUAUUAUCUCAUUGGUUUUCCCGGAUGUUACUCCUGGCUUGGAGUAUGAGGAUCGGAGUAAUCCUGGAACUUUCAUUCCCAUGCCUUAUGGAUCUGAUGAGGAGGUUGUUGUUAUUGUCUCAGAGACAAUGCAGCGAUGGACCAAUGGGCAAAUCGGUGGGGGUCUUCAUCGUGUAACUCGACCCCGGAAGUGUGAGGGGGAUACUGUUCCAGAGCGGUGGAGUCUGGUUUACUUCAACAAGGCGGACCGCGAUGUUAAUGUGGGUCCUCUUGAUGAAUUUUUAGGUGAUAAGAAGCCGAUUUAUGAGGAUUUGACUGCGUUGGAGUAUCAAACUCUGAGAAACGCUGCUCAUUACCCUGGUUAG